CUAGAAAACUCCUCUCUCACUACAGGGACUUCUAUUCGGGGAGAAGAAGCGGGACCUUGGACCCGGACGCUUCCCCCUCCCCCUUCCCUCUUCUCGGGCCCUUGCUCAGGGUUUUGCUCCAGAUCUGACUGCUUUCGACCCGGUUUCUCAGAUCCCUAGGGAUUUAUUCUCAUAUAUUUAAGAGAAAUCUUGAGGAGAUCAAAGGAAGGCAGAGAUCCAGAGUAGUUUGGAAUUUGUUUCUCUCUCUCUUUUUUUUUUUUAUAAAAUAUUGUUCUGGUUGUUGUUGGGCUUGUAAGGAUGGCGGAGAAUUCAGUGCAAUCGCGGUAUGUGAAGCUAACGAAGGAUCAAGAGGUGCCGGUGGAGGAGAUUCGCCCUGGAGAACUGAAUCAGCCCGUUCGUGUUCCCCAGUUGGAGGUUCGUAGAUGUAACGAGUGCGGGCAACCCUUGCCGGAAAGCUAUGAGCCACCAGCAGAUGAACCCUGGAUGACUGGAAUCUUUGGCUGUGCCGAGGAUCCUGAGAGCUGUUGGACUGGAUUAUUCUGUCCGUGUGUAUUGUUUGGGCGUAAUGUUGAGAGACUGAGAGAAGAUAUACCCUGGACAAGACCUUGCACUUGCCAUGCUAUCUUUGUUGAGGGUGGUAUUGCACUGGCAGCAGCUACGGCUGUGUUGCAUGGCAUUGACCCAAGAACACCAUUUCUAAUCGGAGAAGGACUGUUGUUUACUUGGUGGAUGUGUGGAAUCUAUAUUGGUAUUUUCCGGCAAUCACUGCAGAAGAAAUAUCAUCUCAAGAACUCUCCAUGUGACCCUUGUAUGGUCCAUUGCUGCAUGCAUUGGUGUGCCAUCUGUCAAGAGCAUCGAGAAAUGAAAAGUCGCCUGUCUGAUAAUGUCGUUAUGCCGAUGACUGUCGUGAACCCACCUCCAGUGCAGGAAAUGAGCAUGAAUGAGAAUCAUGGUUCCACUGCCUCUGCUACAGGUGCUCAACAGAAUGAACAUGCCAGUUUGGGGAUACAAGCUUUAUAGAUGGUGUAUUCUGUGAUAGGUAAGAUUACAGGAAUUUUUGGAUAUAAGAAUGCUUGCUGGAAAAUUAGCCAUUCCCUUCUUUCUCCUUUUUUUUUUCCUUUCCCUCUUUGAAAAAUUCUCUUAUUAAGAUACUUUACCGGACGCCUAGUUAUACCUCAAGAGCUUUUCUUUCGCCAUUUUUAGUUCUUUGGUGGACACUGAAUGGGUGCAACUCUAGAAACUAUGGAUCUGUUAUUCAUGUAAAGUUUAAAAUCCUAUCCUUGUUGGUUCAACUUCAAAAAUAUUGCAGCUUUCUUAGAGUUCAGCCAAUGAUUUGGCAUUCAUCA